CGUCUUGCUCAUUCAUUCCCGGCAACGAACGGCGGCGAGCAGGCGAACCCAAACGCAACCGCAGCGAGCGAAGACAGCUACAGCGCUAGUAGAUUAGCCAAGAAACCGAGGAGUCGAUCGAUAGCACUGUCAAUCGUGCGAGUGCGAGCGCAGCGAUCGGAGAAAGCCGGCCAGCUCGACGUCGACGACAUGUAUCCGUCCAAGCCUAGCGAGCAGGCCGGGGCGGCGCCGGUGACCGGCAUCCCCGUCGGCGGCCCUGCCGCCGCCGCAUCCCAGUGGUCCUCCGGCCUCUUCGACUGCUUCGACGACUGCGGCCUCUGCUGCCUGACGUGCUGGUGCCCGUGCAUCACGUUCGGUCGCAUGGCGGAGAUCGUGGACCGCGGCGCGACGUCGUGCGGCACGGCGGGGGCGCUCUACACGCUGCUGGCCUACUUCACGGGGUGCCAGUGGAUCUACUCCUGCACGUACCGCGCCAAGAUGCGCGCCCAGUUCGGCCUCCCGGACACCCCCUGCUGCGACUGCUGCGUCCACUUCUGCUGCGAGCCGUGCGCGCUCUGCCAGCAGUACAAGGAGCUCAAGGCCCGCGGCUACGACCCCGUCCUCGGCUGGGACCAGCAGGGCGCCGCCGCCAUGCACCCGCCGGCAGCGCAAGGGAUGGGGCGCUGAGCUACCACUUCAAUGCCCGGCCGGCCGGCACCGCCGCCGCUCCAUGCAUGGAUUGGAUGCAUGGUAAAAUUUAAUUACGUGGGCAACUGCACUUGUUCUUUGUUUGUGGUGACGUGCGUGGAUUGUGAUCGAUGUGGUGAUGUCAGGACUGCAAAGCAUGCAUGUGUUCUUUCAGACAUGAGGAAAUGUGCAUGUAGAUUUCUACUCCAUCAGUACGGACUGUAAAUUUGAUCUUUACUGUAUUUCUUGGGUGCGUGCAUGCAUCAUAUGCAUGGUUUCGAAUAAAAUUUUUUAAAAAAGGGAGAUAUGUCCUCUUCUGUUUUUUUUUAUGGUGACGACGUGGAUUGUGAUAUGGCAAUGUCAGGAUUAAUUGGUACAACAAAGAAUGUUUCUUUCUUUCAGACCA